GUAAUCAAUAUAUACUAAGUAGUAGUCGGACUUUAGGAUGGCUUGAUUGUGAUCGGGGAGGUUGGUGGUCCGAGUACGAUGGGGGAACUAGGAUUGGACUAGUCUAGUGUGCUGGGAGAAGAGGGGAAAGCGGGUGUGUGCGGAUAAUUUCCAGGUUAUACUCGUAGUAUUAUCGCAUGCUCGAUCGGUCUCUCUUUUCGACCGGGACGGUGAUUGUAAGCGAGUGGACAGGUGAGAGGGAGAAAGAGAGAGAGAGAGAGAGAGAAGAGGGGAAGAAGGCCGAUCGAGAAGCGAGUAAGUACAAUAUGUAUGUAAAUGUAAUCGGAGAGCAGCACCAGCACCAACAGCAUCAGCGUCAGCACGAGCAACCAAAGAGAAGGAAAAAGAAAAAUCAAACUACUACUAACUCGGGGCAGGUGAAAAUGGGGCCCACUAUUAUUCAUAAAAUCCAAUUGGAACAAGAUUAAUGAGAGGCAGAAAUCGAGAGAAAGACAUGUUUUUUUCGCCGG